AUGCUGGGGCCCCGCGUUUGCGAACACAAGCAUAUGAUUGGCUGCAAUCCGACAUUUCUACCCGGUCUGCAGCCUCCAUAAACACGCUCUUUCAUCUCCACUUCCCAUCCUUUACUUCAUAGUAAACUGGAGGGCGUGACUGCAGGCUUUUAGUAUGUUUUAUUCGUACCCAAACACCUUAGCUUGUACUGACGGGCAAUGACUCCAAGCAGUCACAGUGGAAGGUCUUACUAUUCGGCAUCUUGAAGAUGCUCCGACUCUCUAAAAAGCGGUUUUCAUCGCUCUCACACAUAUGUUCACGACGGCUACAUGUAACGCCUAUACUUCGACGCGAACUCUUCGACCCAAGCAAUGUCGAAAGAGUCGAGGACGAAGUAGACGUUUGUAUAGUAGGAGGCGGCCCUGCAGGACUCAGUGCUGCAAUCCGUCUGAAGCAGCUUGAGCAAGAGAAAGGCAGAGAGAUACGGGUGGUUGUGUUAGAGAAGGGUGGCGAGAUAGGCUCGCACAUUCUUUCCGGCGCUGUCAUCGAGCCCCGCGCUCUCAACGAGCUUCUCCCAGACUGGCAAUCCAUGGAAGGCCAUCCUCUAACCCAACCAGCUCUCAAAACAUCCAUGCGUUUCUUCACGGAGAAAUAUUCCAUUCCCAUUCCGCAUCCUCCCCAGAUGUCCCACAAAGGCACCUACAUCGUUUCCCUUAGCCGAGUCACCGCAUGGUUGUCCACCAUCGCAGAAGAACUCGGUGUGGAAAUCUAUCCAGGCUUUGCAGGUGCCGGACUGGUGUACACCAAGGACGGAAAGGGUAUUUUGGGCGUGAGGACAAACGAAGUCGGGUUGGAUAGGGAAAGUCGGAUGAAGGAGACGUUUGAGCCCGGUAUGGAGUUCCGCGCCAAGGUAACGUUGCUUGCAGAAGGCGCACAUGGAUCACUUUCAAAAGAAGCCAUUCGGAGGUUCAAAUUGAGGAAAGACAGGGAUCCUCAGACGUAUGGGAUUGGCGUAAAGGAAGUAUGGCGGGUGGAUCCUGAGAAGCACCAACCUGGGUUGGUGUUGCAUACGAUGGGGUGGCCGUUGAAUUGGAAGACGUAUGGCGGUGGAUGGGUGUACCAUAUGGACGAGGGACUCGUUACUAUGGGACUGGUGGUUGGACUGGAUUAUGAGAACCCAUAUCUCAGUCCAUACCGUGAACUUCAGCGUAUGAAACACCAUCCUUACUUCAGAGACCUCCUCUCAGGUUCCGCAACACGUAUCGCCUAUGGGGCCCGCUCGCUUAACGAAGGCGGCCUUCAAUCCGUCCCACAGCUCAACUUCCCGGGUGGUGCUCUGAUAGGCUGUUCCGCAGGGUUCGUUAACGUUGCAAAGAUUAAAGGAACACACAACGCCAUGAAGAGCGGUAUGCUCGCAGCCGAAGCCGCUUUUGAUGCCAUCUCCUCUGAACAAGACGAAGGGAGUCCAACGGAUAUGAGCAGCUACGACGAGGCGUUCAAGAAAAGCUGGGUCUACGAGGACUUGCAUGAAGUCCGGAACGUCAGACCGUCGUUCAAUACUCCGUUAGGCCUCUGGGGUGGAGUGGCUUAUUCAGGAUUGGAUACCUUGUUUUUGAAAGGUCGGACACCAUGGACGUUCAGAAACACUUCAGGCAAGAGCGAUGCCUCACAUACUAAACCAGCACGCCAAUGCAAACCUAUCGAGUACCCGCCUUUCGAGCCUCCUCUAAGCACAGACUUGCUUACCAGUUUAGCCCUCACUGGCACGAAUCACGCUGAAGACCAACCCGUGCAUUUACGUGUACGAAAAUACCUUUCGUCGAAUGAUGUGGGGAAGGAAGGUCAAGAUCCCGCGGAGGAAGAGACAUUCGUUGAGAGCAAGGAACUGAGGAGAGACCAUGUGAAAGUGAACGUUGGGGAGUAUGCAGGCUUGCUUGGACGUGCGUGUCCGGCACAGGUGUAUGAGUAUGUAGAGGAUGAGAGUGCGACGGAGGAGAAGCCCGAACCGGAGGGCUGGGGAGGAAAGAAGUUGGUCAUCAAUUCACAGAAUUGCAUCCAUUGCAAACUUUGUGAUAUCAAGGUCCCGACGCAGGAUAUCACUUGGACUGUUCCCGAGGGCGGAGGCGGGCCCAAAUACACCAUCACCUAGAAAUUCUCAACGAUUUCCAUAAACACGGGUCUUUGAGCUUUUAGACCACUGGCAAUAGAACACUCCCAAUGGCUCGCUGUUUCCUCCUUAUAUGGACCCAGGUCCCCUCGAUGCUUAAGCAGCUUCAGUGGAACAGCGUAUUACCUGCGCCUUCCUGGUAAAUAUCCCACCAGUCUUCAAGAAGGCAACCUUCUCACGGGGUUGUUUGUCGCCAGCGAAUAGUAUACUCCAGAUAAUAAAAAGAAAUACAGACAAAAUAGUCAUCUCCACAUCAUAUCGGUGCGAUGGGUGCACUACCCUUCUCAUGCGCUGUCCGCAAACUAUACAAAGCAACACAGUCAGCCCUCGACAUUCACACCCGGACAGUGAAAAAGGAAAGAGAGACUAACCUAUAGUCGUCACCAUUUUGCGUGAUGUACCGGACCCAAGGUAGGGCUUGGUAACCACUCUUUUCGACGAUCUUGAGGUAUCGGACUUGGAUGCCGGAGACGGUGAAGUAAGGGAUCUCGAACUUGACAGUGAUUGGUGCUCGUUUAUCCAUACUGUCGUGUUCUACCGAGAGGCAUAUGUUAGAGAAUAAGAAGACACAGAGAUUGUGUAACAGG